AUGUUGAUUUCUGUUUUUUUGCUUGCUUCGAAAAACAUCAGAGAUGAUACGAUAUCUCUCAGUGGGAAUGAUAUUGCACCUCUUUCAAUAUAUAAUACUAUCGAAAUCGAUGAUAAUUCAUAUGAAUUUUUACCCAGAAAUUUAAGUUACUAUCCUAAGAAAGGCAAAUGUCCAUCAAUGAAUACAGAACUUGAUGACACAACUAAUUUAUGCGUUUGUAAAAAAGGAUACAAGGCAGAUUCCAUAGAAAGUGAUGGAUGUUAUAGGUGUUUAGAAGAAUGUUUUGAAAAUUCAUAUUGUACAUAUCCUGGAAAAUGUGUAUGCAUUCCUGGAUAUGUUGGAUCUUCAUGUCUAAUUAAAAUUCCGAUAAUUAAAAUAAUCACACCUCGAACAUGUCAAAGAGGUAAGCAAUGCAGUCUUAAUGUUACCGUAACUAAUAAUGAAGGAGGUUACGAAAUUGUUUAUUGUCAUUUCAAGGAUAUAAUAAUCAAAUCUAAUAAACUUAAUGACCAAAUAUAUGAAUGCGUUGCCCCUGUAUUCAAAACAGAUGGAAUACUAAUAUCACUUUCUUUUAAUGCUCUUAAUGUUUCUCACGAAAUUUUCCAAAUUGACUACGUAGAUGUUCCUACAAUCAAUAUUUUCAAGGUCAUUAUAUAUUUGAUUGUAGUGGUGCUCGUUUUGGUUUCACUAACACGAGUUUAUUCAUUUAUAUCACGUAGGAAAAACUAUGAAGAAGUAAUUCCUUUCCAGCAAACCAAGCCUACAUAA